AAAGGAUGAGCCCGCCACAAAAGGUAAGACCAUCCUAAAGUAUACUUGCUUGGCGGAGUAUAUCUGAUGAGGAGUCGUGCAGGUUAUCAUUAUAGGGGCCGGUCCCGCUGGGAUUCUGGCUGCGCUACGCCUACGUGAGCACAACCACAUCUCCCCUACGAUCUACGAAUUCCGCUCGGAGCCCAGUACCCUUGGAGGUGCAAUUGGCAUUCCAUCGAAUGGGCUGAGGUUGUUGCAUCGGCUGGGUCUGUGGGAUGCCCUGCAAGGUCGAGGGGCCGAGACUUCUACUCUAUCCAUGCAUGGAAUUAAGGGGCAAGUCCUCGGUCAGAUGGACAUGACUUCAUGGAGUCGACAGAAGACCGGAUUCGGCUAUUUAAGGAUCCGCAGGACGGACCUGAUGGACGUCCUAUACGAGGCGGCUCGUAGAGCGGACAUCCCCAUCCACUUCGGCAAGCGCCUGACGCACAUUGUGGAAAAUGAUCAAAACAUUACUGUUGCCUUUUCUGAUGGCUCCAGUGACCACGCAGACCUUCUCCUAGGGUGUGAUGGGAUUCAUUCGACAGUGCGCAGCAUCUACGUGGACGCCGGUAUGGCGCCUGAAUACUCGGGCAUAUCGAACGCAUAUUCCCUGGUUCCCACUUCUGAUCUACCCAUCGCUGCUGGGUCAAUUAGUGGUCUGAACGCGACUCUCACCACGGAUGGGCUCCUGGCCGUAUCACCUUGCACCCCAGGCGGUGAGUUGAUCUACUGGUUCUUCUCACGCGAGCUCGCCAUGCCAGCUAGUGGUGACACACGCGACGGUUGGCGCGGGAAAGAGCAAGUGGACACCAUCAAGUCCACGGUGCUCGAUUUGAUUAAAGAGUCAGAAGGAUCAUGGGGCAACACCAUAAAGGAAAUAAUUAAGCAUACUGAGACGCUCCGGUUCUAUCCAGUCUACCGCCUCCCCACGGGUGGCAAAUGGUGGAGAGGGCGGUGUCUAAUUAUCGGGGAUGCAGCGCACGCAAUGCCACCGCAUGCCAGCCAGGGUGUUUCCAUGGCGCUGGAAGAUAUAUUCAUGUUAUCGAAUCUCCUUGUUGCUUGUCCAAAUUCCUUGGAUGAGGUCUUCAGAUUGUAUGAGCAGAAGCGACGGCCUCGUGUGAACGAGAUGCACAGGGUGGCGGAACGCAAUGGCGGCGUCAGGAAGAAGACCGGUCCGUGGCAGCUGUGGCUCAAGGAACUUGCAACUUCUGGAACUUUGCUGGUGUACAGCUUCUUCGGCCUUGACAGUUUAGGACUAGGCCAGAAGCCGUUGGCCUACGACGUUGAGGAAGAUAUGUGCUAGACAACUGUUUGCAGCAGGUUUGUCAGUCAUCAUAUUCGCUAGAUUUUUAUAGCUUUCGAUGUAAAAGUUCCGAUGCUAAGGUAGGCAGUAGGAUUAUUCCGGCGCUUCACUGAUUUCGCAGUGUUGGUCUACGUGAUAGGUAUCCGGAUAGAAAGCCGGAAUUAGAGAAGAGAGCACAAAGUGCUGGCCAACCACUUCGCUAUUCCGUGGGAGACAAGGCCUCGAGACAGGCUCUUCUUUGAGGGUCAUCGUCACCCUUUGGGUCUUUGGACAUUCUGAUUUAAACUCGGGGCUGGUAUUCAGCCAAGAGGGAAAGAGCCAUUUCUUACAGAAUGUGAAACUAGAAGCGAGCAUUACAGAUCCGUAGAUGAACAUCCGAGUCUAACGGCCAACGUAAAAGAUUGCCCUGCAAGUUCUUGCAGAUGACCU